AUGAGCACCCGAAAGCAACUUUGUGUUACCGAAAACCACAUGAAGUCGCCAAAUAAGCAGAAAAAAUUAAUUACAACCAACCGUGGCUUAAUUUCAAACGAAUCUACACGAAAACGCACCUUGUCCGAUUUAUCAUCGACCAGCUCUUCAACCGACAGUGAAGAUGAAGAAGACGAUGAAGAGGAGAGAAAUGGACGAGGUGAUGGUAAUGACCAAGAUGAAAGUACAUCUUCUGAUUCGUGCACUUCUUCUAGCUCUGAUUCGGAUUCAAGUGAAAGUUCAAGUGAGAGCUCUGAAUGUGAUAAUGAUGAAAACGAUGAAGAAGACUACGAUUCUGAUAAAAGCGCAGAGUUGCGGUCCAAUGGCAGGCACGGCCGCAACAAACGGAUACAUAAAGAAAAGGAAAAAAGAAGGCAUAAGCGGCAACAGCAAAGCAUCGCCAGUGACAGCGCAAACAGCGGCUCCACCAUCGGUAGUAGCGAUAGCGGCACCGCCAUAUGCGGCACAACGCCACCACCGCCAGCUGCCACAACCGCGCCAGCACCGUCAACGGCCGCAUCGGUAACACCAUCAGCAACAAUGGCUGCGACACCGCCACCCGCAUCGCAACAGAAGCGCCAUCAAUAG